GCGAUGAUGAAGAGUUCAUCAGCUACAAGCUCGCUCGAGGCCGGAGGCUGGACGCACAAGGAGUGCCGGAGAACAAACGGACACGAGCAUUUCCUGGGGAGAUCACCAAGCACUUGGACGAGGACAUUGAUCAAGGACGGAGAUUUUGGCACACUACUAUUUGGUCAAAAGAGGAGACGGACAUGUGGACAGUGCAGAAGGAGGAGCAUUUGGUAGAGCUGGACCCAAACAUCAAACAGUCGGACAUUACGCCGGACAAUGGAAAGGGACAGGCAUUCGACUCCCAGAAGGGCAGACUAUUUUUGAUGACCCAAUCGGACAGAUUGGCGGCCGAAGCAGAGCAGGCCAAAGCCAAGGGGAAAGCCAAAGGGCCAGGCGGACUCUUUGGACCACCUGUCGGACCACCAUCCAAGCCAGCGGUCAAGCCAAUGCCAAAGCCGGACACCCCCAGCAAGCCUAAGCCAACAGAGCCGUUCAAGGCCUUUCCAACUCAGUCGAAGCAGCAGGACCCAAAGCCGAAGCCGCCAGAGCCACCAAAGCAGGACAAACAGGAGGAGGCGGAAUUCGAUCACUUGCCUCCGCCACCUCCUCCGGCAACUGAAAAGCCGGACCCGCAGAAGGGCAACAAGCAACCAGUGCAGUUGGACAAGCCAAGCUGA